CCAAAAUGGCGGCUGUCGAAAGGGGACAAAAAUUACAGCUAUCUUUUACUUUGACGAUUAUAUAGAAAUCGGCCUGAAAAUUGGUACAUAGUAACCAACAUAGAAGUUGUUUGUCUUCUAUAGUCUUUCUCCAGAAAUUACUAGAACCAUGGAGACAGUUUCAUUGAAACCCAAGGACAUUCUUCUCCAUAUGUGCAAGAGUGAAGAAAAUUUAUGGACUCAGAGAGAUGCAUCAGAAGGUUCUGUUUGUACAGAUUUGGGUUCUAGCAUUCUACGGGAAUGUAAAUGUCUGAGGAAGAUACAUGACCACUUUAGUAAUCUGAAUAAAAGAAAAUGUUGCAUGAGUUUGGCUGUCUGCAAAACAACAUUCAGUAAUUUUAGAGUGGUUAGAAGUGAUGGCAGAGAUAAAGGAAUUGAAGAAGGUGCAAUGUCUAAAACCCUCAUCGACAACUCACAGCUGGUGGCUGAACUAGAUGAAAAGGAAUUUAGAGUGUUUAGAUAUGCCUACAUGUGUGCCUCAUACCCUGUCUUGGGUGCACCUGACCCUCCAUCUCCACAGACCCCUCCACUUACUCCAACAGGUCAAGGAAAUAUUAGGAUCCAGUUCAAAGAUUUAAAGUCACAGAUAAUGAGAACACAAUCUGGUGACGAUGUAGAGGAUGAGACAUCAAUUGUUCCUGCAGAAACACUCUUUGAAUUGUUAAGACGGGUAUUCAGGCUAAGUCCCAAUACAUUUUACCAGUAUGAAAUAUAUAUAAGGAAUUCCUAUGGCAAAAGAGAUGCUGAACCAAACAGAAUUUUGGCAGAGGAAUUAGUUGGACAGUUGGCUUCACUUGAAAACAAUAGCAAUCCAUAUUACACACCAAAACACUUCAUGACACAGUUUGGAUAUGACAGAUGGCAGAGGAAAGAAUUCAUUCACAUUGCAGAACUGAUGAGAAAAUUUUGGCAUGUUGCCCAUCCACAUAAACGUAACAACCAUAUACAGUUUCUACAGACUGUUCAUGAUGAUUAUGUAGUACUCAUGGAGAAAUUGUUGAGGUAUGAAUCAGCCUAUAGACAAGCUGAUAAUACACAAACCACACUUUUGUCAUCAGCAUCGAUCAGACUUCUGAAAGAAUUUGGAUUACGAUAUGGAGUAGGAGAGUUGUACAGAAGAAUAGUCUAUCUACGAUACUUGGUUGCAAACUUUGAUCCUUCUGUCUGGUUGAUUCAGCAUUGUAUUUUUGGAGUGAUAUUUGUUUUAGAAAUUCUGCCAAACCGAGAAGAUAUGGUCAGAAAAGAGUUAGAAAUUCUGUGUGACAGUAUCAAGAAGCUACAAAGCAAAGCACUGACAACCUUAUCUAAGAUGAAGAGUGUUUUCCCUGAUAAUAAGCCUUCAAAUGGUAUUGAUAUGCUAAUAAGCCUGAUGGAAAAAACAUUGGAGGCACAAGUUCAUCUGAAAAUUCCAAAGGUUGAAUUGCUUGAUGAUCUCAUUAUACAGUGUAUAAAGGAAACCUUUCCACCAUCUUAUGAGAAAAUGAAGCUUGUUGCAAAAACAGAUUUGAAACAGGAUAGCAAUGGCUACCUUACUCCAUCACUGUUGAAUAUGGUAAUUGGUAAAAUUCGAGACGAAGUUAGCCAUUACAGGACGUAUUAUCAAGGGACAUUUAGCAGAUAUUGUAAUGUCACAGAACUGGCUGCACAAAGUCUUUACACUCUUUUUAUGGAUGAUUUACAACAGUUUUUCAAAGUUUAUGAUGCUCAGCCUACAAGUAAAUCAAUAGAUAAACAGCUGUUAGGAUUGGGGUAUAGACUACAUGACCUUGACAAUGACUGGAAUCAGUAUGUAUCUGGACAUCCAAGCUCUUACUUAUGGAGAGAAUUUUUCUACAAACAGUCACUUCACUGGCUAAGCAUAUUGAAGACACUCACACAACAAAGUGUACUGCUAGCAGUAGGAUUAGAUCGUUUUACUACCCAGUGCUUUUAUGAUGUUGGAUCAACAUACCAAGUAUCAUUAAGUUCUGUAUCUAGUCCCAGAGACAGAACAAUGUCUUUGAAAUCAAUAACACCAUCUAUCAACAGUGCAUUCAGUGGACUAGUAUCAUCUAACUCUACCCCAGUUUACAGUAAUAUUUGGAGCCAUCCUGGUGAUGUAUCCCAAUCCAAUGUCCAGACCUCAGCUUUCAAACCAAAAACUUCUGAAUCAAUAAAGACAACCAGCUCUUUCAAACACAGAUAUAACCCAGAGACAAGAUCACUUGAUGGAACAGAGGACACUGAAGGUCAUUUGAUCGAUGAAGCAGAAGCUGUCACAUUCAGUUCACUUAGGUCGUGUAGUUCACUACCAGAUAAUCUCAGUAAAAGUUAUGAUCAUUAUCUAAAUGUUCCUCGAAAAGUUUUAAGUCUUUCACGCCAAAUUGACACCAAUCCAAACAGACAUUCUGAUGAGAAUCAAGAAGACGAGCAGAGAAGAACUUUAGCUGAAAAGAUCAUGUAUGAGUUAUCUCCCAUGGAGAAUUAUAGACGGGAACAUGACAAUGAAGAAAAAGAAAUCACUGUCAUAUUGGAUAAAAAGAAAGAGAAAAAUAUCAAGCGUGUUAAAAAAGGACCUGAAAUUGAAAUUCUUGAAAUGUCAAACAGUAUAGAAAAUAGUGAUAAAGCAGAUACUGAUGAAAAAGUUGAGAAUGUUGAAAAUUAUUUCAAAAUAGAAAAUUUUAAAAAUGAUGUCAGAAAAGAAAGUGACACCAAAAUAGACAAUUUUGAAACAAGCAUAAAAAAAGAUGAUGUUACAAAAAUGGAAUGUGCUGAAAAUGAUUUUGAAAUAGAUAAUGUCAAAAAUAAUGAAAAAGGAAGUUCUGAAAAUGAUAACAAUUCACAUGUUGCCGAAAAGGGAGGGAAAGCAGUUGAUGUUGAAAACGACAUCAAUGAAGAUGACAUUGAAAUGGAUCAUACAGAUUCAGAUCACUCGGAUCAUUCAGAUGAAUUCAGUUUCCCUCCAUUGUCUGAAGUUGCUAAAACUGAUGAUCAAUCUAGUCUUUAUAAAGAUCCUGUAAAAACUGUGAUAAAAAAUGUUGUACAUGAGAUCCCACAACCUAUUAAAACUGUACCACUGGUUCCAUAUUCAGAUUUGGAUCAAAGUGAAAAUGUUCGGAAAUUAAAAACUGUCAGUCCAAAACUUAUUAAGCCAAUUGCCCAUAAACUUAAAGCCGAACCAGUUGUUAGGUCAGUAUCCUCAUGUAGCAAUGAAAGUUCAAAAGUAAAGAAAACUGCUUUACUGCCUGUAUCAGGUUCAGUUCUGGAUAUAGUUGUCAUUUUACAAAGAUUAGUGGAGUUCAGUCAAACAUUAUGUCAGUCAUUUGUGCAGAGUGUGUGGACAGUGGGGACAUACCAAAUGGCUUCCAUUUCUUCUUAUGAAAUGAAGAGGAAAUUACACGAAACAAAUAUAAAGAUGAUGAACAACAUUCUUCACUUGUAUGCAAAUAACAUUUUAUGUUUUGACUUGUGUGGAACUACAAAUAGUGAGGCGAGGAAGUUGACUGGUUCCUUGUUAAUGGAUGACUUGCAAACGAUGAAAUCAAAAGGCAUGAUCUGGGGAUGUCGUCAUAAUUUGUCUGGUGAGAAAGAUUGCUUCCAUUAUCUCAAGAGUAAAGCAGAGCUGUUGAGUGAUCGUUAUGAACCUGUUUCUAAAGAUAUGUGUACUAGGAUUAAUAAUGUUUUCAUGCUAUUGGAAUGUAUAGAUGUCUACUAUAAAAGAUUAGGAGCAGUUUUUAAAGUGUCCACAGAAGUCACACAUAGAUUACAGCAACAGAAAAGCACAGAUAGUGAUGAUUGGCAGGACCAGACGUCCCAGAAUCCAGCAGAUUUCUGUCAUAUAUCGCAUGUAGUUAGUGUAUUGUGUCGAAUUAUGGCAUACAGGAUAAAUUUGUUUGUGAAUGAUGCAGUGACUGUACUAUUAACCCUGAAGAGGCUCUUGGUACCAGUAGAAGUAUGCCUAUUACCAUUAACACAGUUCUUACAGUCUUACAUUAACUCAUUACAAGAGUGGUUAUACAGAAGCUGUUACAGACGAGUCAUGGAAUUUCUUUGGAUCUUUAUAGUCAGGAAUUUUGAAAAACAAGUGUUUGAGGUACUGAGAGGAGAUCAUGGUUCUGUUGAAUAUGCUCAGCUCUUGAUACAAGCCUUUACGCAUUUAAUGAAGUUUAUGACAGAACAGAACAGAACCAUCAGGGUAUCACUGCUUUUACCUGAAGCUGAAAAUGUAAUGUUCAGGUUACAACUUUGUGCUACAGCUACCAAUCAGCUGAUUACUCUGUAUAGACAUGUCAUUGAUUAUUACAACAAUGACGAGUGUACAAAUUUUACAUUACACUUGAUACUUCACAAGCUGAGAGAAGAUUUACUCAAGUAUAGAAAAUGUUUCAGUGGAUCGGAGUUUGUUAAGUGGAUAAUGGAGAACCAUGACUUGAUUAAACCGCUCAGUCGACAAUUAGAUUUGCCAACAGAUUAUAUUCUUAUAACAAAAGAAAUAGCAACAUUAAUGGGCAGAAUAUUUUUGGAAAGUAACUUGAUAGUUGAUGCAGAAAUUUAUGAUGAGCAUGAUCAAGAUAAUAGAAUGGACCUUGAUACAAGCCUUGAUGCAACAAAUUAUCCUCAAUUGAGCAUCAUGGAAAAUGAACAGAAUAACAGAAAGGGAGAUAAUCACUCAACUGAUAGUGAUGCAACACCAACUGAUACAUAUCCCAAAACUCAAUAUAGGGUACAUGGCAAAACUAUAGUGUCACCUGUGCAGCUACCAAGACAGGCCAAACAGGCAAACAGAAGUUUUAAUAAACCUGUCUUUCAAAUAUCCUGUGAUACACCAAUGUCUUUCAGUACAUUAUUCAAUGAGAGUGAUGGCCCGGUUUUUGAAAACUGUGAUAGUCAUUUUUACUACAUUGCUACCAUGGCAACUCUCCACAAUGCAGGAAACCAUGAACCUCCAUCUGAGUUAGAUAUUUUAGUGGACCAAUGUUUCCAAAGUCAUGUUUCUUCAAAUUAUUUACUGCAUAUAAUUUAUAGUCGUAGAAAGUUUGAUUCCUGUGCCAAAGUUUUUCUCCAGAACCAAUCAGCCUCUGUACUGAGGAAACUUAAAGCAGAUUUAGAAGAUCACACUUCUUGUGAAAUAAGUUAGUUUUAUUUGAGAAUCUGAUCAUAUUUAAUUUUUAUUUCCAUCAGAUACAUUUAUAAGUGUCAACACCCCAGAAUUUAAAAAAAAAAACAAUGUUUGUCAUCCUGACCAUUGUCCAAAGAAGAGCUCACAUCUCUCUUUUGAAGGGAAACUUCCUAUUUUCUCCCAUCCACCUUUUUAUGACUAAUACAUAGCUGUUUAAGCUAAAUUAUUUACAAUACAGUUAUUGCUAUUUGAAAUGUAAUUUUUUAUUAUUAAGUCUUAAAGGUCAGUAUCAAUUGAAUGCCUAUUUAAAAGAAUUGUUUAAGUAUAGUAAUGGAAAACUGGCUCUACAUCCUAUCUCCCAGUGAGAAUUUUUAUGAAAGAUUUCCCAAUAUAAAGGCUUGAGAGGUUGACACUUUUGUAUUUUAUGAUCUUUAUGAGACAAUCAUGUUUAAAUGUAUUGAUACUUUGGAUUUUUAAAAUAAAACAAUAUAUUCAUUUAUAUCAGAUAUGAAAUGUUU